AUGUUACGAUUCGACAUGCACGGUGUUGAAGGUAUCGUCCAUAUUCACAAGCCAAACAUUCUCCUGUUUGAUUAUAUGCGCCUGCAAUUACUUUGUCUCUUGUGGUAUUCAACACCCGAACGUGUUCUAAUUCUUGGUUUGGGCGCGGGUAUAUUGCCGCGAGUACUCCAUCAUCUUUCGCCGAGUUCGACUAUUGACGUAGUUGAUAUUGACACGGAAGUCAUCGAUUUAGCACGAAAAUAUUUUCACUUCAAUGAAAAUCAGAUGAUACGAACAUUUGUUGAAGAUGGUAGACGUUUCAUAGAACGGCAAACAUCAAAUCAGUAUGAUGUGAUUAUCAUUGAUGCAAAUACAGUGAAUGGGCAUAUCCCACAUGAUUUAAGAACAGUCGAAUGUCUCGCAGAAUACAUACGAAUUCUGAAACGAACGGGUCUUCUACUAGCAAAUUAUCCUCAUGAACAGGAAAGUCGCUAUAGAGAAACAUAUUCACGUGCACUUUUCAAAUAUAUUUAUCGAGGAAAACUACCAUAUAAUUACGUUUUGAUUGGACUCAAUCAAGAUACGACGGUUUAUAAUUUACAAGAAUUGCAAAUGAGAGCAAGAAAUUUACAAGCUGUUAAAUCGAUACCUGAAAUGAGUUGGUUAGAAGAAGUGAAAUAUAUUCAUGAUGAACAACAAGACCAUUGGAAUAGAUCCGCAACAAUAUUUACAGAUAAAUCUUAUGAAAAUUUCAUAGGUGAUUCAGAACAAAAUUAA